GUGACCAUUCAACUUCUCAACGAUGUGCUCAACAUGGUAGGUAACCAGAAGGCCAACAUGACCAGCUUCUUGGAUUUGAUUGGCUGGCAAAACUGGCUCAUAUCUAUUCUUAGAUGGGCAAUGGUAGAGUGCGAGGCAAGUGAAGACCUUCGCACCACAGAUGUGCGAGCGACUGUACACAAAUUG